AUGCAUCUAAGCUUUGUUACAUUUCUUUCCUUGGCUGCAGCCUCCUGGGGCCUACCGGAGCCGGAGGAGCAUCCCACUUUCUCCUUUGACCGUCGACAGCUCCCCAAGGACCCCACGGGUGUGAAGCACCUGAAGACCCCCAGUGGCGUGACUAUCCGCUAUAAGGAGCCGGGUAAAGAAGGUGUCUGCGAGACUACCCCGGGUGUCAAGUCCUAUUCCGGAUAUGUCGAUCUGUCACCAACAUCGCACACCUUCUUUUGGUUCUUCGAGGCUCGUCAUGAUCCUGCCAAUGCGCCGCUGACGCUGUGGUUGAACGGCGGCCCGGGCAGUGAUUCUCUCAUUGGCCUGUUUGAAGAAUUGGGUCCCUGCAAUAUCAACGAGAAGCUCGAGAGCUCUAUCAACCCGCACUCAUGGACCGAAGUUUCGAACAUGCUGUUUUUGUCCCAGCCGUUGGGAGUUGGAUUCUCUUAUGCCGAGACUGUGGAUGGUUCGCUGAAUGAAUUCACGGCCGUUGUGGAGGAUGCGUCCUACAACGGGGUCCGGGGCCGCUACCCUGUGAUCAAUGCUACCUUGACCGAUACCACCGACCUCGCUGCACGCGCCGCCUGGGAGGUCGUCCAGGGUUUCCUGGGUGGUCUGCCUAAGCUGGACCACAAGGUCAAGUCCAAGGAUUUCAGCUUGUGGACUGAGAGUUACGGAGGACAUUAUGGUCCUGCAUUCUUCAACCACUUCUACGAGCAAAACCAGAAGAUCGCCAAUGGAACUCUGGAGGGCAUUGAGCUCAAUUUCAAUUCCUUGGGUAUCAUCAACGGUAUCAUUGAUGAGGGUAUUCAGGCAAGCUACUAUCCCGAGUUCGCCGUGCACAAUACCUACGGCAUCAAAUCCAUCAAUGACACCGUAUACAACUAUAUGAAAUUUGCCAAUGAGAUGCCCGGCGGAUGUCAGGAUCAGGUUUCCCGGUGCAAGGCCAUGAAUCGGACCUCGUUGGCUGAUUACGCUAUCUGUACUGAGGCUACAAACAUGUGCCGCGACAACGUUGAGGGCCCGUACUACCAGUUUGGUGACCGUGGAGUCUACGACAUCCGCCACCCUUACGAUGUACGUCUAGCUGACCCAACCCCACCUGGCUACUUUGUAUCCUACCUCCAGGAAGACGAUGUUAUGAACGCCAUCGGCGUAAACAUCAACUACACCGAAUCCAACGCCGAUAUCUACUACGCCUUCCAGCAAACGGGUGACUUCGUAUGGCCCAACUUCAUCGAGGACCUCGAAGAAAUCCUCACCUACCCGGUCCGCGUUUCCCUCAUCUACGGCGACGCAGAUUACAUCUGCAACUGGUUCGGCGGCCAAGCCGUCUCCCUGGCGCUAGAACACCCGCACUCCUCCCAGUUCCGCAAGGCGGGCUAUACCCCCUUGCUCGUGGACGGAGUGGAAUACGGCGAGACUCGCGAGUACGGAAACCUUUCCUUCACCCGAGUCUACGAGGCAGGCCACGAGGUCCCCUACUACCAGCCCAUUGCAGCCCUGCAGCUCUUCAACCGGACACUCUUUGGCUGGGAUAUUCCCGAGGGAAAGACGAGGAUUUGGCCUGGAUACAGCACGAACGGCACUGCGACGGCAACACACACGGAGUCGUCUGUGCCCUUGCCUUCUGCAACAACACAGCACUUGGAAUUCAACAUUACUCUAAAGCCUGCGCUAUAA